ACGAUCGUGUCGCUUGCGGAGUGGAGAGGCGAGCGCCGCAUGUAAAUGUACGUUCCCGGCGCGGUGUAGUCACCUGAGGAUUGUAAGGGAAACAAUCCCAUCCGGUUCUCCGCGACGGAUAUUCUUUAUUUAACCGGAGAAAAUAUAUUCGACAGUGAACUCCCGAGUGACAUCUGUUUGCUGAUCGAUGCCGUUUCGCGCUGCUGUGUUCCUACCAGACGAUGAAAGUGAAAUCUUGACACAGCACCCCGGGCAAGUGCAUUCAGCGUGACAACCUUAGGGGAACAAUUCUACUUUGGAGAGUGUUCAGAAGCGUGCCUCUCCACCGCCCCCUGCUGACCAUGCAAACGGUGUGCACCGUGCUCCUGGCGGUGGCUGCUGCAGCCUUGACCUCCGCAGACUCAGACACGCACAGACCCAGACAUGACUCCAACCUGGAGAUCUAUAAGCGUCUGUUUGAGACCAAGAGGAAAGAUCAGCUGAACGCUCUGAAGAACCUAGUAGAGCUAAACGACAUCAACCAGCAGUACAAAAUCAUAGACAUCAUGCUUAAAGGACUCUUUAAGGUGCUGGAAGAUUCGAGGGCCAUCCUCGUCGCAGCCAAUAUGCAGCCUGAUGACCCCUUCCCCAUGGAUGAUAAGAUCAAAGAAGCUUAUUCCCAUGUGGUUGAGAACACUGCAUUUUUCGGUGAUGUGGCAUUGCGUUUCCCCCGUAUCGUCCACCAUUACUAUGACCGGAACACUGACUGGGGUGGUUUGCUGCGCUGGGGGCUGCGUUUCUGUAACCUGACAGGAGUCUUCACGGGUGGAGCGCACCAACAUGUGCUCACAUUGAUGUCACAGGAGCUGGGAAUAACCGAGAAGUCCCCCGACUUUAUCAACCCGUACCGCACGGAGAGAGACGACGUGCUUCACACUGCAGAAGCUUUUCAGAAGAUCCUGAGGGAGGAGGAGAAGAGGAGGAGAAAGGAGGAGAAGAGGAAAGAAAUCAGGAAGGGUCCCCGUAUUUCUCGCUCUCGCACUGAGCUAUAGUGCAAUAUACUUCAGCACAAUGGGGAGAGCAGAGAGGGAGGUGAGAAGAGAAAAGGAAGAGAAUAAGAAGUGUAAGAAGUGCACAGCCCACAAGGGAGGGGGGCAAUGGGAAUAGUCAAUGGACGCCAGGGGCUCCGUUGAAAACAGGAUAGGAGCCCUUCAUGAGACUCAUAAAAGUGGUUCUGAAGGAGUGGAGAAUUUUUCAGUUUCUAUGGCCUCAAUGAACUAUACUACAACUGUAUUGUUACGGUAAAUAGAAAUUUGAAAAUGUAAAGUUGCUGUUAAACUUUAAGAGCUGUGUCUGAAAUAGGAUUUCAUAAGGGAAACCCAUUUUUGAUAACUUGAGAAUUACAUAGGUGUAAUUUGAAAUAUUCAUUUUAAUAUAAUAUACUUUCUCCAAAAAAAACAACAGAUGUAUUGUGUCUUGUCUAGAUUUAUUUAUGUGUAAAAAAAGAAAACAACAAACAAACCCAUAUGCUUCAAAUAAAUGUGGUCUGCGAAAUUAAAUGUUUGCCCUUGCCACAUUAAAAUGAGUCGUGUGUCCGGUUAGGUUGAGCUACACUUUGUGCCAUUUAUAUGUUGAUUUUCUUUUUCCAUCCCCGUUACAUCCCUUUGAUUGAGAGCCAAACUUGUUGGAGGACAUUUCUAUGGGAAUGUUUGUGGAUAGUUUGGUGAAUAGGUUUAUAUUCUUAUUGCAGUAUAAUGCUGUUUAGAAGACGUUUGUGUGUGUAUGUGAAGGUCUAUGGCACUGUUGAUGCGUUUUCACAUCUUUUUUUUUUUAAUAACUUGGGCUCUUAAACCCACAAGUUGUUUGUUUUUUAAUAUGGCAUCAGGAAAUCCAAAGUAAACUUGCAUUUAUCUGUUUGGCAACCUCCAUAAUUGUCUGUCAUCCCUAUCUACUGUUUUGUCACUUUUAUACCAAUUAGGUAAUGAAAAUGCUUUGACCUUGUGGAAAUCUGCUGUUAACCAGAAGAAGAAAAAAAACGUGCUACGCUUUCAUCGUUGGAUCAAAUAUUUGUUUUUUGUUUUGCAUUUGUUUCCUCCAUAUUUUUAUGAAUUUGACACAAUUUGAUGGAUCUGGAUCUAUUGAACUGAGAGGCUCUUUGGAACCUUGAAAUUGCAAUAUGACUGUUAUAUAAAUAUAUGUAUAUUCAGAGAAACGAUAUCAUCGCUGAAGGUUUAAUGAAAAAAGCCUACAAUUAUCAUUUUGUUAUCCAAUUUAAUGAA